CCCGAGCGGCCAUGGGGACUCCGAGCAGCCCCGAUGAGGGGUCCCCGCCGCCGCCGCCGGUCCCCGAGUGCAACGCAGAGGUCCAGCCCCAAGGGGCCUCGGAGCCCCAGGGGCAGCCCGAGGACCCCCGCGAGCAGGAGGCCCCGGCGGAGCUUCCGAGCGUCCGAGGGGCUGAGCAGCAGGCCGAGGAAGAGGAAGAAGUGGAAGGCAGCAGCACCGAGAGCAGCCGCGACGCGGCGGAGGCCCCGCCUCCCGAGCAGGUCCCGGCCCCGCCCCCUGCCCCUUCCUCUUCUGGGGAGGGGGUGCGAGGGGCGGCGCGGCGGCUUCGAGGGCAGCAGCUGGAGGCGCUGACGCGCGUGGCCCUGAUGGAGCAGCGCGUGAAGGAGCUGCAGCGCCAGAGGAAGGAACUGAGGAUCGAGAUGGAGGUGGAGGUGGCCCUGCUGCGGGGCGAGCUGGCCGGGGAGCGAGUGGCCGCCCGGCGCGAGGAGGAGCAGCUGCGGGAGCUGCUGAGCCGGCAAGUGGACGCCGAGCGCGGCGCGCAGGAGCAGCGGGAGCAGGAGCAGAGGCGGCUGAGCCAGGAGCGGGACCGAGUGGAGGGGCUUCGCCAGAGACUCCGGGAGGCCCAGGGACAACUUGAUUCACAGCCUGAGGAUCAGCGGGAGCGGCUGCUGCAAGGGGUACAGGAGAUCAGGGAGCAGCUGGAUGGGGCGCAGCGAGCCUAUGAGGACCUGGAGUUCCAGCAGCUGGAGCGGGAGAGCCGGCGGGAGGAGGAGGACAGGGACAGCCCCAGGGCCCAGGCACCUGACCCCAAGGUCCAGGAACUUCAGGCCAGUGUGGCGCAGCACAAGCGCCGGAUCCAGGUGCUGGAGGAGCAGCUCCGGUCUCUGGGGGAGCAGAUGGCUGCGGAGAGCCGGGGACUGAGCCAGAAGAAGGAGGAGGCGCUUCAGGCCUUGACACAGGAACGGAACCGGCUACUUGAGCUCAACUGCCUGCAGGGUACCCCCGAGGGGGACUUCUCUGAGCCCAACCAGGCCCUCACUAAGCUCCUGUUCACGCAGAAGACUGACCAGCAGCUGCUGCUGCUGCAGGACUCCAGCGCGCCUGCCACCGCCGCCUCCUCCUGCCUCUUCGUGCACAGCUCGCUGCAGGGUUCCAUUGGUCUCCAGAGGACCGGAAGCUUGCCGCGGAAGAGGGGCGAGAGGAUGAGCCAGAGAGGAGCCCCCCGACCGUUGUCCCUCCACUGUACUGGACCCCUGGAGGCCGCCGCUCUGCCACCUGUGGCCGGCGACGCAGGGAGGCACCCCUUCUAUCAGCUGAUGAACUGUGACCCCAGGAACAGCUGUGGGGUCCUCCACCCCGAUAUCGCCCGCAUGGAGCGGCUCUUGCAACAGGCCAUGGAGGAGAGGGAACGGCUGCUCAAGGCCAGGGAAGGAACAAGGAGGAGUCUGGAAGGUUCCUCAGGCCCCACCGUUCCUGCCAUCAUGGCCCCUCCCUCGCCCCCACCCCGCCCCCCUGGCCCUCGCGUCCUGGACCUGCGGCUGCAUCUGGAGCGAUGGGGUCACAACCCAGAAAGCUGCCCGCACCUCCGAGUAUCAGGGUGCUGCUGCCGGGGGCCCAUGGUGAAGAUGGGAGGGCGCAUCAAGACCUGGAGGAAGCGCUGGUUCUGUUUUGAUCGCCAGGCUCGCCGCCUGGCCUACUAUGCAGACAAGGAAGAGACCAAGCUCAAAGGCGUCAUCUACUUCCAGGCCAUCGAGGAAGUCUAUUACGAUCACUUACGCUGUGCCUUCAAGAGCCCCAACCCACGCCUGACCUUCUGCGUCAAAACCUACGAAAGGCUUUUCUACAUGGUGGCCCCGAGCCCGGAGGCCAUGCGUAUCUGGAUGGACGUCAUCGUGACAGCUGCGGAUGAGAACCACGCCCCCUGAGGCGCCCCCCCCCCCCCGUGGGCGGGGCGAGCCCACCCCACGUGUGAGGCCACUGCCCUGUCCCGGACUGCAGGGACUGAGAACUACGCCCUGGAAGGCCCCGCCCCCACAGAUGAGGCCCCGUCCCCUUGGGACUCUUCCUGCUUCACCUCUGCUACCCGACCCGUCCACCUCCCA